AUGCGAGCGAGGGAAUUGCUGCCGUAUAUUUCGCGAGUCGAAAGUGUCGUCUACAGGCAAUGUGAACGUGAUGCCAAGUCGACCGUAGCCCUGGCUAAAUGUGCAGUUCGAGUUUUCGAUUCGAGAGAUCAAGCUGCUCUGAAAGAGGAAGAAGCGAAAAAGAGAAACGCGAAGCCAAUCCUAACAGUAGUGGCUCACCAUAAAUCGAACCAUGACUGGAUGUACAACUCCAGUAGUAAUCCUAAAAGGCAUUCACUGGAAAAGAUGAACCAUUCUACAUACAGGCUAACUAACAAUGCUAAUAGAAGCCCAGUAGUGCCACGAACAAACAAAAAACGAUUGAAUUUAAAACAGUUGGCUAAGCCGAAAGCAAAGCCACGAUUUCGCUCCCUGAAAUUGCCAUUGAUUAAUCGAUUCUCUGAAAAUGGUAAGAAGUUCAGUCGAUUACUUGAAAGCGGCGAUAAGAAAAGAAGAACAAGAAGGAAGAUUGACGACGGUAUGCGUCGGUAUUCCUUAAUCAUUUAUUUCUUGCCGAAAUCUUCACUAGCAUUGUAUACAACGGCUGCCCUUGCAUAUUUGAAAAUCUACCGAGUGAUUCUCACUAUUGGACAUUACUGA